UUAUUUUACAUUACUUUAAAGAGUUUAUUAUUAUUAUUUGACAAUUUCCACCAUAACUCCAUAUUACUAAUGUCCCGACUUGCUUCGCAUUACACCAAAUCCAAGACCGCAUUCCUAACGAUCGACUUACAAACCGCAUUUUCUGAGCGAAUUUCGAACUUCGCGAACUGUGUAUUUGUAUCUAACCGUAUGGCGCAUUUCCAUCAGUCUCUUCCCCAACAUACAACAUUCAUUGCAACCGAGCAAUACCCCAAAGGGUUAGGCCACAGUGUGAAGGAGUUAAUCAUCCCUCAGGAUGGACAUCUUGUUGAAAAAAGCAGCUUUUCGUGUAUCGUCCCCGACGUGAAAAAACAUCUCACGGAUGUGGAUAACGUAACGGUGGUGGGGAUUGAGGGGCAUGUCUGCGUCCUUCAGACGAUUUCUGACCUGUUGGAGAUGCAGAAACGUGUUUUUGUCCUUGUUGAUGGCGUGGGAAGCCAGAAAGCGACCGAUCUCAAGGUAGCUCUUGAUUUAAUGCGAACAUGGGGGCCUAAUUGUAUUCUUACGACAUCUGAAUCGUUUCUUUUACAGAUGAUCAAGGAUGCUUCUGAUCCAGAGUUCAAGAAAGUGAGCAAGUUGUUACGGGACUCGCACCCAAUCAAUUUAUAAUGUUAUGUUUGAGUUACCACAUUUUUUUUUAUCAACAAAAUGAUAAAUUCACAAGAAAUUAUUUCAGGUGCUAUAUAAUUUACCUUUGUUUGAUAUAUGUUAUAAAUAUGAAUGUCAUCUUUUAAAGGUCAAUAUUAAAUUAUUAAUUCUUACUUGAUAUUGAACGUGAAAAUAGUGGUACAUUAGCAGUGCAAGUAUUAGUCCUAAAUAUUUUUAAUUGAUUUCCAGUUUUUUAUAUUAGAAUAAACUUUAUGCGAUGAUGCUUUUUCUUAUUACUUCAAGUACCUCAUCUUAUAGCAAUGCGAAA